CUGGGUGUGUGUGUGUGUGUGUGUUGUGUCUUUUCUGUUGGUGUGGAAUGUUAUUGCUCUUUUUAAUUGAGAAAAAUGAUCAAUAAAGUCUUAGUCUUAGGUCUAAGACAUAUUCUUAAAGAGACCAUGAAUAUUUUGAGGGUUGUUUCAAUUUUUUGUCUACUGGUAUCUACUUUUCAACACGCACUUCCUGGCUUGAAUUGUACAGAUGAAUACUUUAUGAAUUUUUUAACCAAUUCGUGCCAACCCUGCACUCCUGCCCCUGAAGACAACAACGCUAUAGCUGAAUACGCCUGUAACUCUACCCAUAAUGCCAAGUACAGGUGCAAGGAUGAAUUCUUUAACUUAGAUGGUUCUGGAAAUUUGGUUUGCCAGAAAUGUAGAGAGUGCAAAGAUACCGGGUUGUUUGUGGUCAAGAAUUGCUCUGCCGAACAAGACACUGAGUGUUGUGGUCAUGAAACAGGCGCUGAUGAGCUGUGUAUUUCAACAACACCAAGAAACGGAAUAAAUACAACCCCCCUAAACAUGACAUCUACGCCAGACGCCAACGGAGUCACAGACAACCCAACUUCUACGUCACAUGCUACAAUAAUAACGACCAACCAAGCCCCAACUAGAGAAUCAACAGACAUUGGGUUAAUGUGUAACAGAAACGAGCAUGUGGACAUGGAAACAAACAGCUGCAAACCGUGUGACCUUUGCUCCUAUGUUGACCAUGACCUUCAUUCCCUGCAGAAGUGUGACCCGUGCACAGAAGGAGAAAACCACUCACGCCUAGCCAGUUGUCCCAAACAAUGUUUUUCCAAAGAGGAUUCUGUUGGAUGGAUUGCUUUGUCCUGUCUGUUAGGAGUAAUUUUUCUGUCUUUAACGAUAGCGCUUGUCGUUUCUGAUCUCUUAAAAUGUUGCAGACGUUACAUUCCCAAAAGAGGUGAAGGACGAAGUCUGAUAGAGUAUGAAUGAUAAGUCGGUACAUGUCUGGAAUGUAAUUGUCUCCCCCCUUUCCCCACUUAAUAUUGUCCUGGCUAGAAUCUCGUGGGUUGUGUAAAUCUAACAAUUCUUCUUUUAUUAUUCUAAACUAGCCAAGGGAAAUUACAGUCAUCAAAUGAUAUACUUAAUCCCAGAGGCGUAUCUAGGGGGUGGGGGGGUGAGAAUGUAAGGGAAAAUUUGAAAAUCCCCCGGGCACCCACUUGAGGGGGGUCGCGAAAUAAGUGUAUUUUUACAUUUAAUAUUAAAUAUUACACACAAAGAAGGGGCCCCCAGAGAGGUCAAGCCCCCGGGCCCCCCCAAAUUGAAUGCGAAUUCCUAGCUACGCCACUGCUUAAUCAAGAAUGGUGAGGAAUUCAGCUGAUGCUUGUUUACAGAUGGGAUGCUCGUCUUGUCUCACUAUCUAUCGUUUACUAAUAAAUCUCUAUCAGUAUCACUAUCCUUCUUUCUAUAAGCCCUAGCCAUCUUGUUCUCCAUCAUGUACCCCAAUUCUGCAACGUCAUUUGUCUGACUACGUCACUUCUUUUCGCCGCCUCUAAAAAUAGUGUGCACUAUAUUUAUUUACAAACCUAAUAUAAUCUCUAAACCAAACUAGGUCACUACAAUAAUCUUAACCUAGUCUCUAAAUAUGUUUACAUCAUAGACUUAUAUAUUAUAUCUAGACUGGAAACCGGAAAUAAAUUCUUAUCCACUACUGAUCGAUUCAAAGGCGUAUCUAUAUAUAGAUUUUUAUGUACGUAAACUCUUUUUCAGGCUUUAGGGGGGAGUUGCCCCAAUCAAUCUUUUCUGUCUUAGAAAAGUAAUGAUCUUUAGUUUUCAAAGUUAAGAAAUAAUGCAAAAUCAUUUCUCGGAUAUUCACGCGAAUGUACGAAACAAAGCCAUUUCCUGUUUGUUUUCAUUGAGAUAAUGUUUCAAAAAUCCUAGAUGGAAAUAAUUCAUGUUGAUUUAAAUCAUCUUAUGUACAUUUAAAUAGAUUGAUUACCUAGAUCUUUCUAGAUUAUGUAUCUAAAAAUUGCAAAAUAAGAAUUAUGAGAUGAUAGUACUCUUAGUUUUGAUAUUCAUUUACUAGAUCUAGAUCUAAAAAUUAGAUUUUAUGUUACAUAGGUUAGGGUUGAAAAAAAUAGCCUUUACUUCUUUUAACUACUUUACAAAACAACGCCUUGAUCCAACUUUCUAAAAAAAAUUUCACGACAUUUUUUGUAGUGUUAAAAGUCUCCAUGUCCAGUCUAGAUAAAGUAUAUAUAAGUCUAUGCCCUAGCCAUCUUGUUCUCCAUCAUGUACCCCAAUUCUGCAACGUCAUUCGUCUGUCUGACUACGUCACCACUUUUUGCCGUCUCUAAAAAAAAAAUGCGCACUAUAUUUAUUUACAAACCUAACAUAAUCUCUAAACUAAACUAGGUCACUACAAUAGUCUUAACCUAGUCUCUAAAUAUGUUUACAGAGUUGUUACAAACAAUGGAGAAUAUUUAAACCAAAAUAGAAAAUCAAAAUCUUUUAUUUUAUAAUAUGCGUCUAUAAGGUACGAUUCCUUAAUAUGAAUGUGAAUUUAUAAUUAGAUUUUUUUUAUUAAGUGUAUCUGUAUCCGGUAUGCAGAAUAUGGAAUUGUUGUUAAUUUAUGCAUUUUAAUAACAUAUAAUGAUUUUGAAACUGUUUUUAGCACUAUAAAAUCUAAUUGCCAAGUUUUUCUUCUUGAAACAAAAUAUUAUUUUACAAGUAUUUUUGAAUAAAGCAAUUUUUUUUUACAAUACCUAUAUUCAAGUCAUUGCUUCAUGGAACAUAGAAGCUGAUCUCGAAAACGGCUCUAACGAUUUUUCUAAAAAAAAAUAACAGUUGAUGUAUAAUUGCUAAGAAAUGAAUUACUAGCUCGUUGGCCAUACGGUAAAAAAAAACUCUAGUUUGUCCGUUAUAAGUUUUCAAAGUGAAAAAUAAAUAAAUGUAAAUUAGGCUAGAGACUAUAUCUAGGUCUAGAGUCAACAUGGUGUAGUCAGCCGUAUUACUGUAUAACAGAAAAUUUAAGCAUACCUUCCUCUCUGACCGAAUUAGAAAAUGCGUAAGUUCUUGCAGACGACGGUACCCUAACCCGAAUUGUAACAAAAAUUUAAAAAAAAUUUUUUAUUAUAUUUUUAUAUUUAUAAGGCUCUAAUGCUCUUUUUCCUCUUUAAAACUAAUUUGAAAACUGUGUCCAUUCUGUUAUAUGUUUAUUAUUAUCAUCAUCAUCAUUAUCACCAACACCAUCAUCGUCAUAAUCGUCAUCAUCAUCAUCGUCAUUAUCAUUAUCAUCAUCACCACCAACAAUAUCAUUAUCAUCAUUACCACCAUCAACAUCAUCAUUACCAUCAUCAUCAUCAUCAUCAUCAUCACCAUCAUCAUCGUCACUACUAUCAUCAUCAUCAUGACCAUUAUCAACAUCAUCAUUAUCACAAUCCUCAUCUCAAUCACCAUCAUUACUAUCAUAUAUCAUCAUCAUGAUCAUUAUCAACAUCAUCAUUAUCACAAUUCUCGUCACAAUCACCAUCAUUAUCAUCAUCAUUAUCAACCAAUAUCAUUAUCAUCAUUAACAUCAUCAUCACCAUCAUCAUCAUCACCGCUACCAUCAUCAUUACCAUCAACAUUAUCAUCCUCAUCAUUAUUUCAUUCACCAUCAUCAUCAUCAUCACCACCACCAUCAUCAUCGUCAUUAUCAUCUUCAUCACCACUCUCAUCAUUAUUAUUAC